AUGGCCAAUCGUUUACAAAAUUUCGUAAAAAUAUUUAUUCCUAAUAAUAGUAUAAAAUUGAAUUAUAAGCCAACUCGACUUCAGACAAGCCCUACUUCUCGAGUAUUGCGGAAAAGAAAUAUUGUUCUAAACCAAAAAAUGCCUAAAACAAAACCAAGUUAUUACGCAGUUCGUAUUGGUCGUAAACCUGGAAUCUAUAAAACUUGGGACGAAUGUCAAGAUCAAAUUAAUAAAUAUCCUAAUUCUAGGUAUAAAAAGUUCUUUACAUUAAAAGAAGCACAGGAUUUUUUAUUUGUAUCAUCUCAUGCAUCUCAAGAUUUAGACUUUGUCGAUAAUUCGGUUUCAAGGCUUGUGGUCUGGACUGAUGGUUGUUCACUCAAUAACGGUAGAGAUGGGGCACGUGCUGGUGUAGGAGUAUUUUGGGGUGAUAAUCAUCCAAGGUAUAUAAUAGGUGAUAAACAAACAAAUAAUAGGGCCGAAAUAACGGCCGUCAUUAGGGCUUUAGAGACUUGCCCUGAUCGUGAACUUCCGAUAGAAAUAAAGACAGAUAGCAAAUAUACUAUAAAUGCAUAUGAGUCUUGGAUUCCUAAAUGGAUUAAAAAUGGUUGGAAGACAGCAGAUAAAAAGCCGGUGGAAAAUAAGGAUUUAUUUAUUCGUUUGAUAGAAUUAAUUGAGACAAGACCUGGAAAAGUCACUUUCACAUACGUCCCGGGGCAUGUUGGCAUCCCAGGUAAUGAAGCGGCAGAUCGAUUGGCUAAUAUAGGUGCAUUAAAAGAGAAUGUCGAGGCUGUCAAAAUCACGAAACAAAAUGUUCAAAAUUCACUAAUGAAUUUUACUGAAGAUGACCUUUUUUCAUCGGAAGAAUUAGCCGCAAUUGCAGCUGAAAUCCAUUCAUCACAUUAA